CCGCGUUCAGUGGAUUCGCCGGCAUUUUCAAGUUUCCUUCAAAGAAAUUAAGAGUUUCUGUUAGUUUUCCAUUCAGCCUAACUGAUAAAUUUCCUUUUAUUUUGGUCGUGAGCAGUUCUGGACAACACCAGUCAUCUACCAGUAAUGUUAAUUAGAAAGUCAGGAGCAGUGUUAUUCAAAGUAGCUGUGGCACUAUGCUUCUUUGUCUACUCGUCAGAUGGUUUAGCUGUGAUGUCUGUGGAUCUUGGUAGUCAGUUUAUGAAGAUAGCCAUAGUGAAGCCUGGUGUACCAAUGGAAAUUGCCCUGAACACGGAAUCGAGACGGAAAACACCAGUAGCUGUAUCUCUCAGAGAUAAUGAGCGCUUAUUCAGUGAUGGUGCUUUGACCACGUCAGUCAAGUAUCCAAAGAGUUCUUACAUUUACAUUCAAAAUGUUUUGGGGAAAAAAUUCAACAACCCAAUGGUAGAACAGUACAAGCAAAGGUUUCCAUGGUAUGACCUUGAGGAAGAUAAAGAGACUGGAACUGUUCUCUACAGACAUGAUAGUGAGACCACCUUUACUCCAGAGGAAAUUCUGGGAAUGAUACUAAAUCACUCUAGAAAUAUUGCAGAGAAAUUUGCUGAUCACCCAAUGAAAGAUGUGGUCCUCACAGUCCCUUCAUUUUUCAACCAAGCUGAACGGCGAUCUGUUUUAAGGGCUGCAAAGUUGGUGGGGUUAAAUGUUCUUCAGUUAAUGAAUGAAAAUACAGCAGUUGCGCUUCACUAUGGAGUAUUCCGUCGAGCGUCUUUUAACAAUACUGAGAGAUUUAUUAUGUUCUAUGACAUGGGAGCCACAAGCACAGUUGCUACUAUUGUGGGCUACAGUACCGUAAAAACAAAAGACAGAGGAAUCACUGAGACAGCCCCUCAAGUAGUUGUGAAAGGAGUUGGAUUUGAUCGUACUCUGGGAGGUCAUGCCAUGGAAAUGUUAAUGAGAGAUCAUCUCAUUAAACUGUUCAAGGAGCAACACAAGACACAGGGGGAUGUGACGCAGUCUCCUCGUGCCAUGGCGAAAUUUCUGAAGGAGGCAGCAAGAGUGAAACAAGUUCUAAGUGCGAACACAGAGAUCUAUGCACAGAUUGAGGGUGCAUUUGAGGAGAAGGAUUUUCGUGCCAAGGUUACACGUGAAGAGUUCGAAGAAAUGUGCAGCGGCCUAUUGAAAAGAGUCUCGGGUCCCGUCGAACAGGCUCUGAAAUCUUCAGCCAUUCCAUUGGAUGAGAUUGAAAGUGUGAUCCUCGUGGGAGGAGGAACUCGUGUACCGAAAGUGCAAGAACUACUUUUGAAAGCUGUAAAAAAAUCAGAACUUGGAAAGAAUGUGAACACGGAUGAGGCUGCUGCAUUAGGCGCUGUUUAUCAAGCUGCCAAUCUUGGCAAGGGAUUCAAAGUGAAGAAGUUUCUUGUGAAAGAAGCUAAUAUCUACCCAGUACAGGUGUCAUUUGAGCGUGUGAAUAAGGCAGAAGAUGGAAGCGAGACUGUCAAACACAUCAAACGUAUGUUGUACCACAGAAUGAACGCGCUGCCGCAGAAAAAAGUGAUGACGUUUAACAGACAUACGGACGAUUUCUACUUCCACGCAAGCUACACUGAUCUGGAUUUCUUGAGUGAAGACGAACAGAGCAUGCUUGGGUCAUUGAAUUUGACCACAGUGAACGUCAAGGGCGUGGCCGCUGCGUUAGAUAAGCAUACACCGAAAGGAGAAUCUAAAGGGGUCAAGGCGUACUUUAGGAUGGACGAAAGUGGAAUUCUAAACCUGGAGAAGGUGGAGUCUGUGUUUGAAAAGCCUGAGGAGAAGUCGGAAGAAGAACAGUCGACGUUUGCAAAAAUAGGAAGUAAGAUUUCAAGCUUCUUUGGCAGCUCAAAGGAAGAGGAAAAUAAGGAGAGUAAAGUUGAGGAAGGAGAUAAAUCCGAGGGAGUAGAAGGCGAGAAGACCGAAAAAGACAAAACUGGAGAAGAGGCGAAAGCGAAAGAAGAUGAAAAAUCUGAAGAAAAACCUGCAGAAAAAGACGAUGACAAAAAACAGGAGGAGGUAAAGAAUGAGGAUAAACAGGAUGAACAAGGUAAAGAAGAUGAAAAAAAAAAGAGUGAUGAAAAGAAAGAAAGAGAGGAAAAGGAAGAAAAGAACGAGGAGAAGAAAGAAGAAUCGUCUGAAGAGAAAAAAGAUGGCGACAAACAGGAGGAGAAGGCUGGAAACAAAACUGAGGAAGUGAAGAACGAAACAACGGACGCGAAUAAGCCCAGUAAACCUGUGACUGUCCGUGAACCUCUUGAGAUGGCGUUACAAUGGGUGGACGUCAGUGACUCGAGCGAUGACGCUAUAUCUGCCUCUGUGAAAAAACUCAAAGACCUGCAGGCGAAGGACGAAGCAAAAGCCGCCAAUGAACGAGCGAAGAACUUGUUGGAGACACACAUCUACGGCAUGAGAGAAGAACUGUUUACUGAUACGGGAGUAUUAUUGUCUACUGAGGAGGAGAGAGAAAAGAUCGACCAGGCCCUCAGUGAGGCCUCCGAAUGGCUGGACGACGAGGGCUGGGACUUAACUGCCGACGUGUACGAGGCCAAACUGCAAAAACUAAAAGAUCAAUCGUACGAGUUUAGAAUUCGCCUAAAAGAGCACAAGGAAAGACCCAAAGCCUUAGAGAUGUUGAAGAACAGCUUAAACCUGUCCAGAACUUUCCUGGUCCAGAUAGACAAUAUCCCAGAUAAAGAUGAGAUUUACACUGCUAAGGAUUUGGAGGAACUCAGCAAAUUGAUCAAUGAUACAACGGAAUGGAUUCAAAAGAACGAACAGAAACAAAAGGAGACAAAACCCAGCGACAAGCCUGUCUUGUUAGUAAAGGACAUCGAAACUAAGCAUGGCAAAGUGGACCGUGAGUUGGUUUAUCUUUUAAACAAGGCCAAGUAUUACGUGCCCAAGCCAAAAGUCAACGAAACAGCGUCAAACGCGACAAAACCCAAGGCGGACACUAAGAAAGAAAAGCAAGAAAAAGGCAGCAAACCUGAAGGAGCGAGUGCAGAUAAAAAAGGAGAUAAAAAGGAGAAAGAAGGAGAAAAAUCCACCAAAGAUGAUGAUGAAAAGAAAAAGAAUGAAAAUAUGGGAACACAAGAAAAACCUGACGAGUCAAAUAAGAAACAGGAUGAACAAGAUAAAAAAGACUCGGACGAGGCAGAGCCUUUGCCUCUCCCUAGCGCCGAGGCUGAGUCCUCAACAACUGGUGAGCCCGCGGAGAGCUCAAGCUCAUCAGAAGGAGAUAAUACAGAACAGAAUGCACAGUCGUCUGAUAGCAGCUCUAGCAAAAAACCUGGCGACGAAUUAUGAUAAAAAAUUCUAAAUGACUUAAAAACUGAUAGUUUGUAAAAUAUUAUGCAAGUCCUAAUGAUGUGCACGUAUAACUUAUUGAGAGAUAUAGCAACGGUGUAAUCAGCUCUCCACGCUUUGAUUUCUCAACCUCAGUUCUGAUUUACAGACGUUUGCUGUCCGUCAUGUUUUGGGAUGCAUGAAAAAAGAAACUUGCACUAAGAUGUUUGUCAAACUUUGCCAUUACAUUGCUUUUCUUAUAGGAACUUAAAUUUUGAAAUAAAACCGAUUGGUUCCCACA